UACAAUUAGGUUGUAAUUUUCGGUAAACUUCGGAUUGAUCUCGGUAGUUUACGGAAUAAAAUGCUUUUUCAGUUCAAGUCAAUAUCAAAGGCCAAAAGUCGAAUAUUUUUGUUUCAAUUGAUAGAUAAUUAAAGAAAACAACAAGAUGAUAACAAAUUUGUCGUUUAAAUACGUUUAAAUGUAUAUCUUUUGAAAUAAAACGAUGUCUCCAAGACUAUAAAAUUCAAGAUGGCGGCGCCCAUGUAAAGUCGGACUGGGAAGGAACGGUUCAAGAAAAGGCAUAAUUUGACGCGUGCCUAGUUGCUUUAGAAGAUCGUACUUGUGAAAUAACCUUAUUUGUGAUUCCAUGCAUGUUUGUGAGGAAUGCUGUUAUGGUGGUACAUACAGUGCGGAAAUUGCUUGCAGUUGCCAUCGAUGUUCCCAAAAGCUGAGAAAAUCCAAAGGGAUGCAGAACUUCAGUGUCAAUACUCAAUACACAGAUUGUAACAGCUAUAAUCUACAGUUCAUUGUGGGAAACCCUCAGAAGAUAAACAACUUGUCGUCAACAUUAAAUCUACAAUUAAUACAUGAAAGGAUUUUGAAGCAGGUGUUCAAUGCUGAAAAAUCAAAGAACUAUGGGUAUUUGUGUGUGCUGAUUGGUAAAGUUUCAUCAAGAGGAGUCUGGCAGAGACGAUGGCACUUUCUCAUCUAAAGCUGAUCUAUAGCUAUAACAGAGAUGGUGAAAAUAGAUUAAUUUAUGUUUUCUCCCAAAACCAGUGAUGGCAAACCUAGAGUGACUGGAACAUCUAAAGUUCUACAAAAUAUUGUCCCAAAGUUGUGUGAAUUUUUUGCUGCCACAUAAAUUUAUCAAUUGUAUCUAAACAAGUUGGUCUGUUUUAUGGAUCCUCUACUAGUAUAACACAUACCUUAUGAGCUUACUGUCAGAGUCCUUAUAGUAUCUACAUUUAUAUUUCAAGUAAUCUUGAAAUUUAUUUUCUAAGUCAUUCUGUAUCGAAUGUUUAUCACUCUGCUUUGAUACAAUUUACUGUUGCUAUCAAUUUUUUUACCUCAGUAUUUCUGUUUAAAUUUUUUUUUUAUUCUUUUGUGUACAUUUUUAAAUUCUAGACAUAAUUAUAAAUUCACAUUUGCAGAACUUCAAACCAUUUUCAUUUAUAUAAAUCAAUUUUGUAC